CAGACGACGCUCCUCGUGCAGACUAUCGCGCAAGCGCGCUGCGUUCAAUCGGGAAAAAGAGAUCGCGGAUAAAACAUGACGUCGGAAAUCAACGAGUGGUACCGAGGCCGAAAGGUCCUGGUGACGGGGGCCUCCGGUCUCAUGGGCAAGGUGCUCAUUGAGAAGCUGCUAUAUUCCGUGCCUGAUGUGGGCUGCGUGUACGCUCUGGUGCGGAGCAAGCGCGGCAAGACGCCUGAGUCGCGGAUAGAAGACAUGUGGAAACUACCCUUAUUCUCAAGGCUAAGAGAAGAGAAACCACAUGUGAUGAAGAAACUGAUUCCCGUGACGGGAGACAUCUGCUAUGAUAACCUCGGGAUCGACGAUCAGAUGCUGCACAAACUUUAUAACGAGGUUUCAGUAGUAUUCCACUUCGCAGCCAGCCUGCGACUAGAAGCACCAUUGAAGGAAGGGCUGGAAAUGAACACCAGGGGAACUCUGCGUGUCAUCGAGAUAGCCAGGAACAUGAAGAAUCUGGCGGCGUUUGUGCAUCUGUCGACUGCAUUCUGCUAUCCUGACUACGAGAGGAUGGCUGAAAAGGUGCAUGACCCACCUCACAAUCCUCACGAGGUACUACGCGCUGCGCAAUGGCUAUCAGAUGAUCAGCAAUCUCUAGCCCCGUCCAUCAUGAAUAUGCAUCCCAACUCAUACUUGUACUCCAAACGGCUGGCCGAGGCGCUGGUCAGGGAUUGUCAUCCGGAGCUACCGGCUUGUGUAGUUCGACCCAGCAUAGUGACCCCCUCAUACAAGGACCCGAUACCAGGCUGGGUGGAUAACCUCAACGGGCCUAUCGGCCUCAUGGUGGGUGCCGGAAAGGGCGUCAUCCGCUCCAUGCACUGCUACGGACAUUACCACUGCGAGGUCAUUCCUGUAGACAUCGCGAUCAACGCCAUCAUAGUGAUCGCGUACAAGAUCGGCACGCAGGCGGAACGGCCUCCAGAGCUCCCCGUGUACAACAUAACAACCGGCGACGACCGAGACACAACCUGGAAGCAAGUCCUCGACAACGGGAAAGCCACCAUAAGAAAGUACCCCUUCGAAGGCCCCCUGUGGUACCCAGACGGCAACAUUCGGCACAACAAGUUUAUACAUAGCCUGUGUGUGUUCUUUUACCAUCUUGUGCCGGCGUAUUUGAUUGACUUCUUAAUGUUGUUGUUUGGACAGAAGCGAUUCAUGGUCAGAAUCCAAAACAGAAUAUCCGUGGGCCUCGAAGUCCUCCAAUACUUCACAACCAGGGAAUGGUGGUUCGACACGAACAAUUUUAAAGCCCUACCAAAGUCGCUAAAGGAAAUUGACUUCAAACUCUUCCCAAUGGAUCUAACCAUCAUCAAAGACGAGCCGUAUAUCGAGAGCUGUAUGAUUGGCGGGAAGUUAUACUGCUUGAAGGAGAAAAUGGAAAAUCUGCCUAAAGCCAGACUGCAGAACAACAUCCUAUGGGUGCUAGACAAGCUGGUAUCAGUCUUCUUCUACCUACUGAUCGUAUACUGGAUCGCGUCGUACUUCGAGCCUGCACGGGAACUACUGUCCUACGUCCCUCUGGUGCGGUACCUGCCGCUCGUCGGAAAAGUUGUCUUUCCUCAGUAAAUAUUAGACAUUACGAUCACUAAAGUCAAUGCAGAGAAGACCGUCUAUGUCAGUAAGGAUUAAUAAAGUAAAUGUGGAUAAGACCGUCCACGUAUACGAGAAGAAGUAACCUCGUUUGUCGCUUUUUACUCAUGCGGUUGUAAGUAUACAUCUUACUCAGAAGACCGGCAAAAAAGGAGUGAAUUGUGGAGCUCUUAUUGUGUCUGAGAAAUUACAAUAUAUUUCAUCCGGUCUUCUCCUUAUUGAACAUAUGUUUAAAACCUAAAUGUGCGUAAUGGUUGUACGUAAUUAAUAGCUGCUUUUGUUUAAUAUUGGUAAAUAUUUUACUGCAAAGGUGUUCUCACACAAAUCAUUUUGAGUGCUACUAUUUCUUAUUAGAACCAUCUACUUAUAAUCAUUUUGUAAUUAAUGUAAAUAUGUACCUAUUUUAAUGUGUGUGUUUAUUAUAUAACUUGCUUGUAC